AUGUGGCUCUUUUCAGCAGUAAUAUAUUUCAUCUGUGGAAUUCUAAGUGCCCAAGGAUUCUCUGACUCCAAAUAUCCUGUGGAACCAGAAGUGUGGAUGAAUAUUAGUGAGCUCAUCACCUACUGUGGCUACCCCAGUGAGGAAUAUGACGUCCCAACUGAAGAUGGCUACAUACUCAGUGUGAAUCGAAUUCCCCAUGGUCAUAGCCCCCCUGAGAGAAAAGGUCCAAGGCCUGUGGUGUAUUUGCAACAUGCCCUAUUUGCGGAUAAUGCCUCCUGGCUCCUGAACCAGCCCAACAAGAGCCUGGGCUUUCUUCUAGCAGAUGCUGGAUAUGAUGUGUGGAUGGGAAACAGCCGGGGCAACACUUGGUCCAGAAGACACAAGACCCUUUCAGUCGAGCAAGAGGAAUUCUGGGCCUUCAGUUUUGAUGAAAUGGGCAGGUACGACCUCCCAAGUGUGAUCAACUUCAUCGUACAAAAGACUGGGCAAGAGAAGCUGUAUUUUGUUGGUCAUUCACUGGGCACAACCAUAGGGUUUGUUGCCUUCGCCACUAAACCAGAAGUAGCCCGAAGAAUCAAAAUGAAUUUUGUCCUGGGUCCAGUAGCUUCAUUCAAAUAUCCCAAAAGCAUUUUUGCCAAUUUUUUUUUCCUUCCGCAGUCGGUCAUCAAGGCUCUCUGGGGAAACAAAGGUUUUCUAUUAGAAGAUACUGUAAAGAAAACACCUUCUACUGAAUUGUGCAACAGGAAAAUCUUCUCCUGGAUAUGUUCUGGGUUUCUCUCCUUGUGGGCUGGAUAUGAUGCCAAAAACCUGAAUGUGAGCCGAACUUCCAUCUACUUUUCCCAUUCUCCCUCUGGGACAUCCAUACAGAACAUUCUGCAUUUGAAACAGCUUUUCCAAUCAGAUGAGCUCAGAGCUUACGACUGGGGUAGCAAGGCCGAGAAUAUUCGUCAUUACAACCAGAGCAUCCCUCCACUCUAUGACUUGGCUACCAUCAAGGUGCCCACAGCCAUCUGGGCUGGUGGGAAAGAUCUGCUUGUCGACCCUCUCGAUGUGGCCAUGCUGCUCCCCAAAAUCAAGAAUCUCCGUUUCUUUGAGAUGCUGCCAGACUGGAAUCACAUAGACUUCAUCUGGGCCCUUGAUGCACCCCAAAGGGUUUACAGUAAAAUCCUCUCUCUGAUGAGUCAGAACCCAUAA